ACUCCACUUCGGCUACCGUUCUGUUUCGCCUACCAAAGGGCGCCAGCCUGUGUGUGAGGGCAAAUGGGCAGUGGCUCAAGCCACAGAGCCACCCCGUGAACGCGUUCCGGUACCGUUGGUCCGGUAGUUUCAAAGGAGAAAUAACGGAAAUACGGGAAUUUCACAGGAGAAAUAACAAAACGGGAGGAUGGCGGGAGAUGGGUGUGAAAAACGGGAGUGUUGACAGAAAGUGCUGACUGGAUUCUCGCGAUGUUCUUUGGGAGCGUGUGCAAAGGAUUGUGGGUGAUUUCAGGCAGCGAAGGAUACAGUUGUUGUAUCCUGCAAAACAGCCUGAACGAAGGACACAAAGUGAAAGCUUCCUUCCAAGCAUACUUCUGUUUGAGAUGUCCUUCGGUGGCACUUGAUGACGUGGCAGCCGAGAUUUGCAACCUGCCCAGGACGCGUCCUUGCGUUUGAGAAUCACCCGUAGUGUAACAUGUAAAACGGGAACAUGAAAGGUGUGUUGGUUUGCAAAACCAUUCCUUUUGUCCAGACCACUGCUAUAGUAACUGGUAUUCUUACUAUGACCUGUAUUGCUGUGGAGAGAUACCAGGGCAUUGUGCAUCCUCUGAAAAUUAAAAGACAGUGCACCCCACAAAGAGCCUACAGAAUGCUGGGGGUCGUCUGGAUUGCAGCCAUGACAGUUGGAUCCCCAAUGCUGUUUGUGCAACAACUGGAGGUGAAAUAUGAUUUCCUGUAUGAGCACCAACAUGUAUGCUGUCAGGAACGCUGGAGCUCGAGUGCUCAUAGGAAGCAGUAUGCUACAUUCAUUCUAGUGUUCCUUUUCGUUCUACCCCUUGGAGCCAUGCUGCUAAUCUACACCAGAAUAGGGAUUACGCUCUGGAUUUGCAAACAAGUAGGGGACUCCUCAGUCCUAAAUACUAUGAAUCACAGGGAGGUCAGCAAAAUAUCCAGAAAGAAGCGACGGGCGAUCAAGAUGAUGGUCACUAUUGUUGUUUUGUUUACUGUCUGCUGGGCACCUUUUCAUACAGUUCACAUGCUGUUUGAAUACAGUUACCUGGGCAAGAAAUAUGAUGAGAUCACCGUCAAUAUUAUUAUUGCCGUCACACAGGCCAUAGGGUUUUCAAAUUCUUUCAACAAUCCUAUUAUAUAUGCUUUCAUGAAUGAAAACUUUCAGAAAAACUGCAUGUCCACCAUUUCCCUCUGCAUUAGGAGGUCCGGUCACCGCGUGGAUGUGAACGACAAAUCAAAGGUGUGCUUUUCAAAAACUCCCGGACAGGAAGAAGACAUCUUUGUCAUGCCCAGCAUACAUAUAGUUGAUCAGGUGGCAUCUGCAAGGUCCAACACGCAGGCAUCUCUAUCCGUUCUGGAGGAGAGGAUUUCUGCUGAGGACAGUACAAUACAUGCAAGAUGUAUUCGAGAUUGAUCUCAUAAUAUUACAUGAACUCAAAAGGCACAAAAACCAUGGCAAACAAUUAAAUGUGUAUGUUAUUGAUGAGUAAAAUGAUGCCCGCAAGUCCACAUUUUCUGUAUCUGGCAAGUAUUUUGAUCAUUUUUAAUAAACUCAACGUUCAAAUACAACA